AUGGCACAUCUGAUCGACUAUACGAGGAAAACGGAACACCACGCGAUCCUCAGGGAUAUUAUCAUGCUGGAAAACCAAAUCCCUCUCUUUUUGCUCAGAGAUAUCCACAGUUUUUAUCUGCUUCAUGAAAAUCAUGACCAAGCAUUAGCCACAAUGCUGAUGGGUUUCUGCAAAGAUCUAUCACCCAUCAAGUACAUUAAUUACCAACAUUUUAGAGAAGAAUGUUUCGAGAGAGCCCAUUUGCUAGAACUUCUCUACCACAUGGUUGCACCAAAGCUACAACUUGUACCUGAUUGUGAGCAGGAGGAGCCAAAAGCGGACGAAGAGAUUGGCUGGUUUAGAAAGGCCUUGAAAUCAUUUCUGGCGGCACUAAUUUAUAUUAACUUGGCCGUGCUCCGCCUUCUCAGUAAAAUUUGCAAGUCAAAAGUAAUCAAGUUUCUGGUUACACUACCAUUUACAGUCCUCUCGUAUGUUUUGCAUCUUGGAAACAAGGGUGAUAUAAACAAUCUCAUAUCAUCGGCAGAGGGCGUGGCCGAAGAGGUGGAAAGUGCAUCUCAGAAGACUAAAGAAGAAUUGAGACCUUUGGUCGAAGAGAUUGCAAUCCCAAGCGUGCAACAGCUUCAUAAAGUUGGUGUCAAAUUUCGCCCAGCAAAGGGUGGAUUGGAAUCCAUAAAUUUCGACAAGUGUUGCGGUAAAUUUUACCUUCCUGUUAUUCAUUUGGAUGAUAACUCAGAAGUUGUGCUAAGGAACCUGGUGGCCUAUGAGGCAUGCAUUGCGCCGGAGGUGAUGGUUUUUACACGUUACACAGAAUUGAUGAAUGGAAUAAUUGAUAGUGAGGAGGAUGUGAGGAUUCUUCGAGAGGCAGGGAUCAUCUUGAACCGCCUCAAAAGCGAUGAAGAAGUGGCAACGCUUUGGAAUGGCAUGACCAAGUCUGUGAGGGUAACGAAAGUUCCCAUUCUGGACAAGGCCAUUGAAGAUAUGGGUGAAAAAUUUGAAGAAUCGAAGGAUUUAAUGACGUUUAUUUCAGAUGAAGAGUUGAAUGAUGAGGAAGAAAAUGUGGUACUACCUGUGGUGUUAAAGGAUGAUGAGAAAGUUGAAGAACCGAAGGCAUCAAUGACAUUUAGUUCAAUAGAAGAAGUUUGCUCUUAUUAUAAGAAGUAUGCUAAGCAAGCUGGUUUUGGUUUAGCGCAUAGAAGCUCGAGAAAAAAGAAGGGUAUAAAAGGUUAUGUAGUGCUUAUAUGUACUCGUGGAGGUACAGAGUGA